AUGUCUUUGGAUAGAUUUAUACGACUUUCAGAUAGACUGGUCGAAUUUGAGGCAAAUUUGAAUGAUAAGCGGACCCAAUUAACGUCUAGGUUUGUCAUUGAGACCCAUAAAGACGAAGUCAAAGAUAUCUGGGAAAGAUUAAGGGCCUCAUAUGAAGAGUGCCUUUCCGACUUCGAAAUUGAGGCUGUCGAGGAGGCUCAGACUGAUGCUAAGACAUCUAAAGGAAACGAAGAUAUCGCUUCCGAGAUAGAGACCGUGAAGUUCAAAUUUAGGAAUGCUUUUGAUACAUACUGUCGCUGUGUUGCGCACUUAGGAGAAUUGCUUCAGGAGAUGCCCGCUCCUCGCACCGAUCCCACUUCAAUUCCAAUUCAACAACCAGGUUUUAAGCUUCCACCCUGUGAGGUCCCAGUCUUCGGCGGUGAUUAUCCAGCUUGGCCUACCUUCCGAGAUAUGUUCACCGCUAUAUGUAUUAAGAACCCAAGGCUCACCCCAGUUGAAAGAUUGUUCCAUCUCAAUCAACGAACGAAAGGGGAGCCAAAUGACAUCGUAAAAAAGGUGCCUUUGACUAACGAGAACUUUUCUAUUGCUUGGAAGAACCUGUGUGCCCGAUACGAGAACAAAAGAGUCUUAGUGAAUAUCCAACUAAAGACUCUCUUCAAUUUACCUUUGAUUCAGACCGAAACGGGUACUGCCCUGAAGAAUUUGCAAAGAGAUAUCAAUGGUUGCAUUUCUUUGUUGAAGCUCUAUGCUAUAGAUGUUGAGAGUUGGGACCCUAUUUUUGUCUUUAUAUGUUCUAAUCGGCUCCCAGAUGUUACUCUUACGCUCUGGGAGCAAUCUCUUCUUGAUAAGACGGUGAUACCAAGAUGGUCUGAUUUUGAUUUGUUUUUGACGAAUCGUCACCGAACACUUGAAUCUGUAUCGGAGAUCCGCAGAAAGGAGUCAGCUUGCUCCAGUCCAAGGCAAGUGUCCGAUAAGUCCAAUCCGAGAGAUGGUAACAAAGCCAUUAAGACGUUUCAGAAUAAGGUGACACUGUCGAACUGUCGACUGUGCACAGGUGAAAGCCACGUGAUUCGGAAAUGUCCUAAAUUUCUGGAGAUGACUCAGAAUCAGAGAUUGAAUGAGAUAAAGAGAAACAAUCUCUGCCUCAAUUGCUUCUCUAAAGUGCACUCCGUGAAAAAUUGCUCAAGCAAGUUUUCCUGUUACAAAUGUGGCAAACGCCACAAUACGCUACUUCAUCGGGAACAAGAUUCUACAAUUCCUACCCAAUCCAACUCGAAUAUUGCUUCCAAUCCUUCGCCAUCUCCGAACAAUACCAAUGCAGUCCAUAUACAGUCCACUAACACCGGAGGUGGAAUUAUACAGAGCUGCUUUUCCAGCCAGUCUAAGGCCGUUCUUCUUGGCACAGCUUUGGUCACGGUGUGCCACAAUGGUUUGCAGUACCUUGCUAGGGCUUUAGUGGAUUCAGGAUCUGAGGGCACCUUUGUUUCUGAGAAACUGUUCCAUAACCUGAAACUCCCGUUCAAACGGGCCUGUGCUGAGAUUUUAGGAUUGAACAAUACUACUUCCGCUUCCGUCCAAAGGGAAUGUUCAUUCGUAUUAGGUUCGAGUAAAGAUGAGAGUUUUCGAUUCACUGCGGCGGCACUUGUCGUACCUCAUUUGUCAGGGAGGCUUCCGUCAAGAACUAUUGACCCUGAAUCAAUUUCCGACUUGCCAGAUAUUCCGUUGGCUGAUCCUAGGUUCUAUGAGAGCUCGAAGAUUGAUAUUUUGAUAGGAGGUGAUAUAUUCCCCUUCAUUAUGCUUCCUGGCGUAAGGCAUGGAAUUUGCGGUUCAUUAUUGGCACAGGAAACAGUGUUUGGAUGGAUCCUUACAGGACCAGUUCCUGCGGAACCCAAACACAUAUCCAAGAUUGUUUCCUAUUUUUGCGAAAUCUCCUUAAAUGAGGAGAUUUCACGUUUCUGGGAGGUGGAGGACCUUCCUCGAAAGACAUUCCUAUCCCCUGCCGAUCAAUUUUGCGAGGAUUUGUACGUUGCAACGACUAAAAGGAACUGCGAAGGGAGGUAUAUAGUAACCCUUCCGUUCAGGGAAGAGUUCCAAAGGGAGACAGUUUUGGGUCCUUCCAGAAAUAGUGCCUUGGCACAGUUUCAUCGGAAUGAAGCCCGGCUUAUUCGAAAUCCACACUUCAAGGCAGAGUAUGACAAAGUCCUUUUAGAUUACAUUUCCUUAGGGCAUAUGACUGAGGUAUUUCCCCGAGACGAAUCUGAUUGUUCCAGACAUUAUUAUCUGCCACAUCACGCCGUAGUGAAACCGGAUAGUACGACUACGAAGGUCCGGGUAGUCUUCAAUGCUUCUUCUCCUACAUCUAGAGGUUCUAGUUUGAACGAGGUUUUACACGCUGGUCCUGUGCUGCAACAGGACCUCGUCGUGCUUAUACUGCGGUGGAGAUUUUAUCGCUACGUCUUUAAUGGAGACAUAACGAAAAUGUAUAGACAGAUUUUGGUCACUCCCGAGCAACGACCAUAUCAACGUAUACUAUUUCGGCAGAAUCCUGAUGGGCAUAUUCGAGAGUUCGAACUCAAUACUGUGACCUUUGGGGUCAAUUGCGCCCCUUUUUUGGCAAUUCGAACUAUUAGGCAAUUGGCAGACGAUAUACGUUCAUUAUACCCACUUGGGUCUGAAAUCCUACGAAAUUCCAUGUAUGUUGACGACGCUUUGGCGGGUGCCCACAGUAUUCAGGACGCUAUUGACUCCAGAAUCCAGUUAAUGAAGGCUUUGCAAUCGGCGGGGUUCUCUAUGAGAAAAUGGACCUCUAAUUCGAGAGAAAUCCUCUCAGAUCUUCCAUCUGAUCAGCUUCUUUAUGAAGAUUUCCUUGAGUUCGAUAAUCGCUCUACAACGAAGACGUUAGGGAUACGUUGGAAUGCAUCAUUGGAUGCAUUCUUCUUUACUGCAACGCCAUUUCCUAGCAACUGCAGGUAUACAAAGAGGGAAGUGCUUUCACAGAUCUCCAGGCUUUUUGAUCCGGCCGGCUGGCUUGCUCCAUGUGUUGUGACGGCCAAACUGAUAAUGCAGAACAUUUGGGCUGAAGGUACCAAAUGGGAUGACGAGAUUUCUCCAGAGUCAUUACCUAGAUGGAAGUCGUUUCAGCACGCCUAUCCCUCUAUUAAUAACAUACAGGUUCCAAGAUGGGUCGGUUUUAGUCCACAGUGUACCGUUCAGUUCCAUGGUUUCAGUGACGCUUCGGAAAAGGCGUACGCUGCUGCUAUCUAUGUCCGUAUAAGUGAUGGCCAGUCCAAUUUCGUCCAUUUAGUUUCAUGUAAAACUAAGGUGGCACCACUGAAGUCUAUCUCAAUUCCUAGACUCGAGCUAUGUGGGGCUACACUUUUAUCAGAAAUGCUGGAUCAUUUGAUUCCAGAGCUACCGAUUCAGAAUUAUACAAUUUUCUGCUGGACCGAUUCGACGAUUGUUUUGUCGUGGCUGGCAAAACCUCCAAGUUGUUGGUCUACAUUUGUAGCCAACAGAGUAUCGAAGAUCACUCAGGUCGUGAGCCCAUCAAACUGGUAUCAUGUGAGGUCAGAGCACAAUCCUGCUGACUUGGCAAGCCGCGGUGCCCACCCAGAGGAGAUUGCGACCAACCAGAUGUGGUGGCAUGGUCCUCCAUGGUUGAGUGACCCUGGGGAGAGCUGGCCAACUCUUGAAGAUUAUCCGAAGGACACGAUUGAAAUCGAAAGAAAGAGUGUGCAAGUGCAUUUUUCCUACUUCAGCCAAUUUGAAGAUGUCCUCGAAAGAUUUUCCUCAUUUGCAAGGGCAGUCCGAGUUAUGGCAUAUGUUUAUCGUUUUUUCUACCGCACUCAUCCAAAUUUUAGGUCUAGUUUCAACCGAAAGGACAAGAACAUAUACACUUCCGAGGUUAAACUAGUUCGAAAUCGACUUAUUUUGAUGACGCAGAAGGCCUUUUUCCCAAACGAAUAUCUAGCCCUAUCUUCUAAGAAACAGAUUCCUUCUGGAAGUUCCAUUUUGAAUUUGAAUCCAUUCCUUGAUGUGGAGGGCAUCAUAAGAAUAAGCGGUAGACUUGUCUCAUCUCCAGCUUUGUCCUAUGACGAGAAACACCCAAUCAUCCUUCCGUAUAAUUGUCAAUACUCUCGGUUGUUGGUGAAAUUCAUUCAUGAGAUUUCGAUUCACGGAGGUAAUCAACUAGUCCUUAGGCUUAUUCGUUCACAAUUCUGGAUUGUAAGAGCUAAGAACUUGAUAAAGACUACGAUCAAUAAGUGUAAGCCAUGCAUUGUGUACAAGCACAGACUUCAGGAGCAAAUAAUGUCCGCAUUGCCCCCCGAAAGAUCCGAAUUUUCUAGACCAUUCACCCACACAGGGGUGGAUUUUGCAGGACCCUUUGACAUAAAGUAUUAUGCCGGCCGAUCCUGCCGCAUUACUAAAGGGUACGCUUGCUUGUUCGUAUGCUUUUCUACGAAAGCAAUUCACCUCGAAGGAACAUCAGAUCUAUCCACUAAUACGUUCCUAGCUGCAUUUGACAGAUUUGUUUCCAGAAGAGGUUGUCCUCUCCACAUCCAUUCUGAUAACGGUACCAAUUUCGUGGGUGCCUCGAAAGUUAUUGCCAAGAAUUUCUUCCUGACCACCCAGCAAGCUGUCGAGUCCAACUAUGCCCAUCAGAAUAUUUCAUGGCAUUUUAUUCCACCUGGAGCCCCGCACAUGGGGGGACUAUGGGAAGCUGGGGUAAAAAGUUUCAAGUCCCACUUUCGUAAAAUGGCUGGGAAUUUCAAGCAUACAUUUGAAGAAUUUCAAACAUUACUCUCCAGAAUCGAGGCUUGCUUAAACUCCCGCCCAUUAUGUCCUCUAUCCGAAGAUCCAUCCAUUCUUUCCGCACUUACUCCGGGUCAUUUCUUGAUAGGGGCUCCUAUCUUAACGCCAAUAGAUCCAAAUAUUCAGGAAUCUCCUAGGUCACUUAUCAAUAGAUGGCAGCGUUUGAAAGUUAUUCACCAACACUUUUGUACUCGUUGGAAAGAGGAGUACCUCAAAGAGUUACAUAAACGAAAUAAGUGGAAAAAGCCCUCCGAAAACUUAAGUGAGAAUAUGUUGGUCGUAGUAAAAGAAGAAAAUAUGCCACCUAACGCCUGGCGAUUAGGAAGAGUCAUAAAAGUUCAUCCUGGCAAUGAUGGUCGCGUCCGUGUAGCCGACCUUUUAACAGAGAAAGGCGCUAUUACAAGACCAAUUACCAAACUCGUGGUUAUAAACAGCGAUCCAUCUUCCUGA